AUGCGGCAUAAUCUCCCAACUAUAGAUACCGCCAUGUCCUCGGCCAGCACAAUCUCAUCCCAACGAUUUGGCUCAUCUUCCUCCGCCUCCUCCGAAUCAGGACUAUCUACUGAGUCAUCCUCCAUUACCGGCUACAGACACAGCAUGGACUCUACUACCGCUCGACCAGCAGUGGCCUCCGUCGAGGUCCUGCGCUGCAUGCGAUGUGCUCGCUCAGUCGAAGCCACCUCAACUGACGACGUGAGCUCGACUGGCAUGGUACGCAUCUCCCACAACCUCUACUACUGUGAGCGUUGUGCAAAGAUUGUUGGCUACAAGUAA